AUGGAUGACAAGGAUAAUGCUAUGCUAUCACAAGUCAUUGCGGCACUGAAUGAAUUGCAUACAACGACUGAUCAAAAGCGAUGUCGAGAAUUGGAUGAUGCGUUGACUGUAUUAAAGAAAUCCGAAAAUGGAUUCAUGAUAUCAUUUCAUUUGCUGGACUUCGAACAACCAACUGUUGUGCAACAUUUUGGAGCAUGCAUUUUUUACGACACAAUACGUGAACGUUGGGAGGAAUGCUUAUCAAAUGAAACUUUGAUUGUGAAAAUCAAAGAAACACUUUUGGAAAAAUUGGCUCUUGGUGCUCCAUUCUUAAAUCAGUCUGUAACUAAUAAGCUCACUUCUUCACUAGCUAUUUUCAUUUUGUGUUGUAUGCCCGAUAUUUGGUCGGAACCAAUUCAGGAUUUGGCCACGACUUGGAUUGAUAAACCAGAAUUAUUGUUAAGGGUUUUGGCUGAAUUAGCGGCGGAAUUUUAUCGCAUACAAUUACCAUUAUCGCAGCGAUCCGUUUUGAAGUCAUGCUUGCAUCAGAAGGCUGAGGGUGUUAUAAAAAUUAUCAACAUGAUUUUAUGUGAUAAGGACUCAUCGCCAUCUUUGAGGAAUGCUGCUGUUGAGUGCCUUGAACAAUGGCUUCGAUUACCUGGUGUUGAACUAGUGCAGUGGCAACCUGCGCUCUUGCCUUUUUUAGGCAACAUAAGUGACAGGAUUGCGCUAGCUCGUAUCUUGAUUGUUGUUUCGGCGCAUUCUGACCUGCCAUAUAUGGAAAGCCUAGCAAUGGACCUAGCGACGUUUUUGGCGAGUAUCACGUGCCCGGCAGUUGUAGACCAACUUGAUAUUUUAAGCAAACGAUAUAAGGAAGAAAACGAUGUAAACCGGGAGGAUUUUAUCUCGGAACUUGAAGAAUAUGGAUUUCUAGUAUCGGCAUUAGCUGAAUUUUUUGAGACUACGAUGCGACCGUUACUAAUCGGUUGUGUAGAGAAGCAAAAUGGCGAAGUAUUGAGACUUCUCUGCUCAUUUUUUGAGAAAAUUUCUCUCUGGCCUGGUGUUUACCCAUAUGACGAAGUCAUAUCAGAUGCUUCGGAAGCUUUUUGGAAUACUCUAAAAGAGGAUUUGCUUUCUUUACCUGGAUCACGUGUUAGUGAAGCCGUACGAAAUGAAUUGAUUGCCGAAUGCAGUACAUUUUAUAUACGAUUGCAAUGGUCUGCGAUUACAAAACUUGCUUAUCCACCUAAGAAUGUGUUUCAACUGUUUAAUAAAGAACAAGUUGAAAAAUUCGAAAGGUACCGUUCUCAACGCGUUGAAGUUUCCUUAAAUACAUUUGAGAUUACGCCAUCGGAUUCUACACUAAUGUUAGUAAAGUUAUUGGGAGAAGCGAUCAGUGAAACUGAUAUUUGCAAGGUAGAAGCAGUUUUCUAUCUUCUUGAGCGAAUAGCAGAUUACAUGACGGAAAAUGACGCAAUUACAAUUACUCAGAUUUUGGGACAAUCUAUGUCGCUCCUAUCUUGGCAUCUUACGGAUGAUAUUUAUGGAGCAAGUCAGCUUGGAAAAUCUUUGAUGAAUCUCUUCUAUUCGUUGUCACAUUUAAUCUGUACAGGAGCUGAUGCUGAUAAGCAGGAAACAAUUUGUAUGGAACUUGCUUUGUCGUUUAUUGAUAUUACUGGUUCCACAGAAGAGGCACUCAGAAAUCUAGAGAAAUAUGUUGAAUCGCGAACAUCAUAUUUGGAUGUAAUGGAUCGAGUGAUACAGAAAUGUUACGAAUAUUUCAAUAACAAUCAAAAACCACGGCAGUUGAGAAUUUGCGCGCUUAGAUGUUUAGGUUUAUCUUUAUCUACACAUGAAUCGGAUUAUGUGUUAAAUAGUUUGGAUUCAAUUCUUACACCGCGACUAAAAAUUUUGCAAUUAAUUGUUGAAGGAUGUAUGCCAGCAAAUUCUCAAUCAACGAAAAGUCUCGAGGAGGAAUGUAUUUUCGAACUUGAUGUGCUUUCCGCUCUGAUAAGUACUCAAAAGAUGCAUUCUAUUACUUCUGUCAGUGAAAGUCAACCGAAAGAGAAAAAUUUUCCAAAAAAAGCAGCUCAUAUUGUACUGUGGCAAUCUAUGCCUUUGCUAUUGAAUUUGCUUCGGAACUUUUCUUCUUCUGAAAUUUUGGUGGAAAAAAUUUGUGAUGUUCUACGUUCAGGUCUGAUAGCUGUUCAGGAUGAUGCUGAAGCAUUAUUGGAUUCUUACUGCAUUGUACUUGAUUUUAUUAUGUUAAGGCAUCCAGUUGCUGCAUGCAAGUUAGCAAAAUCAAUGGUUCUAAUUUAUUCGAGUAAUAAUUUGGUUGUGCAACUCGUAGCACGAAUGGCAUCUUGGUUCGAAAAUAUUAACGAAUCGAUGGAAGAAUUUAGUGAAGAACAUAUAGAAUUAGCUUAUCACAUUGUGAAGAAAGAUUGGAAAUUUGUAUGCAGCUCACCGGCAUAUGGAUAUACUUUUCUUCGAGCAGUGCUUGACAUAGUAGUGAAGAUAUUGGCCAGUAGUAAGGAUACGAAUUUAUGUCGGAAGAGUUCAGUUCUCCUUGCUACAAUGAUCAGGAAUGUAAUCAAUAAUGGUACAUUCGCAGAAGUGCUUCAAGAAGGUGGAGAAAAUCUUAUUAGUGUUGUAUUUAGCCGUUUGCAAACUGAACUGAUGAAGUCAACAGCUGAAGCACUUUCAGAAAUUUUGAUGUUACUUGCUCGAAACUAUCCACAGGAGACAAGACAGUGCUUAAAUGGCCUUCCAUAUGGUAAUACUGAGGAAGUUGUUAAUAUGUUGAAAGAAACUCAUAAUGCAAAAACCUUCAAGAAUAUGGCAUUACAGUUCAAUAUGCAGAGGCGGAAAGAAAUCAAAAUUUAG